AUGUGGUUGUAUGCCUACCACCGACCAAGCGACCCAGACUCGUUUGGAAUGUGGCUGCGGUUGGCACAGUCCGUCAGCAGCCACCCGAACAAGCGUCCAGCCAUUGGCCGUGAGAAUGAUGAUGCCGAGGUGGUGUUGGGAGCACACGGCGGCGGCGUCUCGACACGCUGUACUGCUGCAGACCCCGACGGAGUUCUGCAGCAAGUCAAGAGAUGUCAAGAUAAGACAAGAUGCCUGCCGGUGCUUCUGCGACAUGACCCCGUAUUUUUGAUUGACAUUCGCAUGGCGAGGUUGCAUUGGACCCGAUUAUGGGUGUACGCGCAUUACUGUGGCCGAAGUGUCCCAUGUGAGAAGUAG